UACCCUACUGCAUCAAAAUCAACAAAAUUUCCAAUUGCAACAACAGCAACAACAACAACAGACAGCGGCGGAUUCACAAUCAUCGUAUUAUGAUUAUGAAUAUCAGCAUUUGCCACAUCGGGCAACUGAAACGCAACCGCCAUCAUCGACAUCAACAGCAGCCCGCACACAUGGUAGACAAGGCUUCCUUCUCGAAGGAGUUACGCCUACGGCACCACCAGAUGUACCACCUAGAAAUCCCACAAUGAGUCGCAUGAAUAAUGGUCGUUUAGUCGCAGCCAAUCCAAAUGAUUUGGGUGUCGAUUUUGAGCCAUCAUGUCUGGUGCGUACACCCUCGGGCAACGUAUACAUUCCCAGCGGUAAUUUAAACAUGAACAAAGGUUCACCCAUCGAUUAUAAAAGCGGUUCGACUUGUUCGACACCCACCAAGGACACCUUGAAAGGUUAUGAACGUUCGGCCAAUCAAUGCCUGGGUCCAGUGCUUCCGCCACGCAGUGUCAUGAGUGGCAUACCCUCACACCAUUAUUCGGCCCCAAUGAAUUUCCGUAAAGAUUUGGCCGCUCGAUGUUCGGCCAAAUGUAUAGCCAUUGUAUCCGUAUCGGUGUUUGUGGCCAUGUGUGUGCUGUUAAUAUUUUUAACAGGUUUUGGUGUUCUCCACUGGUCUCCCUCUGCCCCCUGUACAGUUCUAGUCGGCAAUGAGGCCAGCGAAGUUACGGCAGCCAAAAGCACCAACACAGAUCUAUCGAAAUUACACAACUCCCUGUUACGCUCAAAAACCGGACAACCCACCACAACGGCCACCUCUUCCCUACCAUCAUCGUUUGCGGCGUCCUCCUCAUCAUCGGCGGCGGCAGCCUCCUCCUCGGCGUUCCAGUCAACGUCAGCCUCAUCCGUGGCCAUUGGAUCACAGGCAGCCACAUCGCUAUCCUCGCCAUCAUCAUCGUCUACAUCGCUGUCAUCACCAUUGGCAAAUGCCAAUAAUGGAGGUGCUCGCACAUUCCCAGCUCGUAGCUUCCCACCGGAUGGCACAACAUUCGGUCAAAUAUCAUUGGGUCAGAAGUUGACCAAGGAAAUACAACCCUAUAGCUAUUGGAAUAUGCAAUUCUAUCAAUCGGAACCGGCUUAUGUUAAAUUUGAUUAUACCAUACCUCGAGGAGCCUCAAUUGGUGUCUAUGGACGGCGUAAUGCCCUGCCCACACAUACACAAUAUCAUUUCAAAGAGGUGCUAAGUGGAUUUAGUGCCAGUACAAGGUCCACGAGGGCGGCACAUCAAUCGAUAACACGUGAAGUAACCCGUUAUAUGGAACCCGGCCACUGGUUUGUCUCCUUGUACAACGAUGAUGGUGAUGUUCAAGAGAUCACUUUCUAUGCCACAAUUGCCGAAGAUAUGACACAAAAUUGUCCCAACGGGUGUUCCGGAAAUGGUCAAUGCCUAUUGGGUCAUUGUCAGUGUAAUCCCGGCUUUGGUGGUGAUGAUUGUAGUGAAAGUGUUUGUCCCGUGCUAUGUUCACAGCAUGGUGAAUAUAUUAAUGGUGAAUGUAUUUGUAAUCCCGGCUGGAAGGGUAAAGAAUGUUCGCUGCGCCACGACGAAUGUGAGGUGGCCGAUUGUAAUGGUCAUGGCCACUGUGUCAGUGGCAAAUGUCAGUGUAUGCGUGGUUAUAAAGGAAAAUUCUGUGAAGAAGUGGAUUGCCCCCAUCCCACCUGUUCGGGUCAUGGUUUUUGCGCCGAUGGCACCUGCAUUUGCAAAAAAGGUUGGAAAGGACCCGAUUGUGCCACAAUGGAUCAAGAUGCUUUACAAUGUCUGCCCGAUUGUUCGGGUCAUGGUAGCUUUGAUCUCGAUUCGCAAACCUGUACCUGUGAACCCAAAUGGAGUGGUGAUGACUGUUCUAAAGAGUUAUGCGAUUUAGAUUGUGGUCAACAUGGACGUUGUGUAGGCGAUGCUUGCACCUGUGAUGAAGGCUGGGGUGGUGAAUAUUGUAACACAAAGCUGUGUGAUGCCCGUUGCAAUGAACAUGGCCAAUGUAAAAAUGGAACCUGCCUAUGUGUCACGGGUUGGAAUGGUAAACAUUGUACCAUUGAAGGAUGUCCGAAUUCUUGUAGCGGUCAUGGCCAAUGUCGUGUCAGCGGUGAAGGUCAAUGGGAAUGUAGGUGUUAUGAAGGCUGGGAUGGUGCCGAUUGUGGCAUUGCCCUGGAAUUGAAUUGUGGUGAUAGCAAGGAUAAUGAUAAGGAUGGCCUAGUCGACUGUGAAGAUCCUGAAUGUUGUGCCAGCCAUGUCUGCAAAACAUCCCAGUUGUGUGUCUCCGCCCCCAAACCCAUUGAUGUAUUGUUACGCAAACAACCUCCUGCAAUUACCGCCUCCUUCUUUGAACGCAUGAAAUUCUUGAUCGAUGAAAGUAGCCUUCAGAAUUAUGCCAAAUUGGAGACAUUCAAUGAAAGCCGUUCUGCGGUGAUACGCGGCCGUGUUGUCACCUCCCUGGGCAUGGGUUUGGUGGGUGUACGCGUCUCCACCACCACCUUGCUGGAAGGUUUCACUUUGACCCGUGAAGAUGGCUGGUUUGAUUUGAUGGUAAAUGGCGGUGGCGCUGUUACACUACAAUUUGGCCGUUCACCCUUCCGUCCCCAGUCAAGGAUUGUCCAAGUACCCUGGAAUGAGGUGAUUAUCAUUGAUACCGUCGUCAUGUCAAUGUCAGAAGAGAAGAGUAUGCCCGUGACGACCCACACCUGUUUUUCACAUGAUUAUGAUCUCAUGAAACCCGUCGUGUUGGCUUCAUGGAAACAUGGCUUCCAAGGUGCUUGCCCAGAUCGCAGUGCAAUCCUCGCUGAAUCUCAGGUCAUCCAAGAGUCCCUGCAAAUACCUGGUACCGGGUUGAAUCUAGUCUAUCACUCCUCAAGGGCCGCUGGCUACUUGUCUACCAUCAAACUGCAAUUGACACCCGAAACAAUUCCACCCACCCUGCAUCUCAUUCAUUUGCGUAUCACCAUUGAAGGCAUUCUCUUCGAUCGUGUGUUCGAAGCUGAUCCUGGUAUUAAAUUUACCUAUGCCUGGAAUCGCCUCAACAUCUAUCGUCAAAGGGUUUAUGGUGUAACAACGGCCGUGGUUAAGGUUGGCUAUCAGUACACCGAUUGCAAGGAUAUCAUUUGGGAUAUCCAAACCACCAAAUUGUCGGGUCAUGACAUGUCCAUAUCCGAGGUCGGAGGCUGGAAUUUGGAUAUCCAUCAUCGUUAUAACUUCCAUGAGGGUAUCCUGCAAAAGGGUGAUGGUUCGAAUAUAUAUUUGAAGAAUAAGCCACGCGUGAUCCUUACCACCAUGGGUGAUGGCCAUCAAAGGCCCUUAGAAUGUAUGGAUUGUGAUGGUUUGGCAGCACGACAACGUCUUUUGGCUCCCGUGGCCUUGGCUGCUUCGCCCGAUGGUAGUCUCUAUGUUGGAGAUUUCAAUUAUAUACGACGCAUCAUGACCGAUGGCACGGUGAGGACUGUUGUGAAGCUAAAUGCCACCCGUGUCAGCUAUCGUUAUCACAUGGCCUUGAGUCCUUUGGAUGGUACCCUUUACAUUUCCGAUCCGGAAUCACAUCAAAUUAUACGAGUUCGUGACACCAAUGAUUAUUCGCAGCCUGAAAAGAACUGGGAACCAAUUGUGGGUUCCGGAGAACGUUGCCUACCUGGUGAUGAGGCUCAUUGUGGUGAUGGUGCCCUAGCCAAGGAUGCCAAAUUGGCCUAUCCCAAAGGUAUUGCCAUAUCGAGCGAUAAUGUCCUAUACUUCGCCGAUGGUACCAAUAUCCGUAUGGUUGAUCGUGAUGGUAUUGUCAGUACCCUGAUUGGUAAUCACAUGCACAAAUCACACUGGAAACCCAUACCCUGUGAGGGUACUUUGAAGCUGGAAGAAAUGCAUUUGAGAUGGCCCACCGAAUUGGCUGUCAGCCCCUUGGAUAAUACCCUGCACAUUAUCGAUGAUCAUAUGAUUUUACGUAUGACUCCAGAUGGUCGUGUGAGAGUAAUUUCCGGUCGUCCAUUGCAUUGUGCCACCUCUUCCUUCCUUUACGAUUCCGAUUUGGCCACCCAUGCCACUCUAGUGAUGCCUCAGUCGAUUGCCUUUGGUCCCUUGGGAGAACUUUAUGUUGCGGAAAGUGAUUCGCAGCGUAUCAAUCGGGUACGUGUGAUUGGUACGAAUGGACGCAUUGCUCCUUUUGCUGGCGUCGAAUCGAAGUGCAAUUGCCUUGAGCGUGGUUGUGAUUGUUUCGAAGCGGAUCAUUACUUGGCUACCAGUGCUAAGUUUAAUACCAUUGCUGCCUUGGCGGUUACACCAGAUGGCCAUGUACACAUUGCCGACCAGGCGAACUAUCGCAUUCGUGCCGUGAUGUCCAGCAUUCCUGAGGCCAGCUCCUCCAGGGAAUAUGAAAUCUAUGCUCCGGAUAUGCAGGAAAUCUACAUCUUCAAUCGUUUCGGACAACACGUCUUGACGAAGAAUAUCCUCACCGGUGAAACCACCUAUGUUUUUACCUACAAUGUCAACACUUCAAAUGGUAAAUUGAGCACCGUCACCGAUGCCGCCGGCAAUAAGGUAUUCCUGCUGCGCGACUACACCUCCCAAGUGAACUCCAUUGAAAAUACCAAGGGCCAGAAAUGCCGUCUGCGUAUGACCCGCAUGAAAAUGUUACACGAACUGAACACCCCAGAUAAUUACAAUGUGACAUUUGAAUAUCAUGGUCCCACCGGAUUGCUGAAGACGAAAUUGGAUUCGACGGGACGUUCCUAUGUCUAUAAUUAUGAUGAAUUUGGUCGCCUCACCUCCGCCGUUACACCCACAGGACGUGUCAUUGAUUUGGCUUUCGAUCUAAGUGUCAAGGGUGCCCAGGUUAAGGUUUCCGAAAAUGCCCAAAAGGAAAUCUCCAUGUUGAUCCAGGGAUCCUCAGUGGUCGUAAGGAAUGGUGAAGCCGAAUCGAAGACCAUGGUUGAGAUGGAUGGCUCGACAACAAGUCUAACUCCCUGGGGUCAUUUGCUGCAAAUGGAAGUGGUGCCAUAUCCCAUCUUGGCUGAAAUUUCACCAAUUAUUGGCGAGAGCUACCCCGUGCCGGCCAAGCAGAGAACUGAAAUUGCCGGUGAUUUGGCUAAUCGUUUUGAAUGGCGUUACUUUGUCAGACGGCUGCAGCAGGGUAAACAGAACAAGGGUCCUAGAACUGUUACUCAAGUGGGUCGCAAAUUGCGUGUCAAUGGCGAUAAUGUCCUGACUUUGGAAUAUGAUCGCGAUACCCAAUCGAUUUUGGUUUCCGUCGAUGAUAAACAUGAUUUGCUGAAUGUAACCUAUGAUCGCACCUCACGACCGGUUAGCUUCCGUCCUCAGUCGGGUGAUUAUGCCGAUGUUGAUUUGGAAUAUGAUCGCUUUGGCCGUUUGGUCACCUGGAAAUGGGGCAACCUGCAAGAGGCCUAUACCUUUGAUCGCAAUGGCCGCCUGAAUGAAAUUAAAUACGGAGAUGGUUCUUCGAUGUUCUAUAACUUCAAGGAUAUGUAUGGAUCUCUGCCUUUGAAGGUUACCACACCAAGGAAAUCGGAUUAUCUGCUGCAGUACGAUGAUGCUGGAGCCUUGCAGAGUUUGACCACACCUCGCGGCCAUAUCCAUGCCUUCUCGCUGCAGACAUCCCUUGGGUUCUUCAAGUACCAAUAUUUCUCGCCCAUCAAUCGUUAUCCCUUCGAGAUUCUCUACAAUGAUGAGGGGCAGAUUUUGGCGAAAAUUCAUCCACACCAUUCCGGCAAGGUGGCAUUUGUCCAUGACAAUUCGGGACGUUUGGAAACUAUUUUGGCUGGCCUAUCGAGUACCCACUACACUUACCAAGAGGCAACAAGUUUGGUGAAAUCUGUGGAGGUACAAGAACCAGGCUUUGAGCUGAGGCGAGAGUUUAAAUACCAUGCGGGUAUCUUAAAGGAUGAGAAACUACGUUUUGGUUCGAAGAACUCUUUGGCAUCGGCCCACUACAAAUAUGCCUAUGAUGGUAAUGCCCGUCUGACAGGAGUGGAGAUCUCCAUCGAUGACAAGGAACUGCCAACAACACGUUAUAAGUAUAGUCAGAAUUUGGGUCAACUCGAAGUUGUGCAAGAUCUUAAGAUUACCCGCAAUGCCUUUAACCGCACCGUGAUCCAAGAUCCCUCCAAGAAGUUCUUUAGCAUCAUUGAUUAUGAUCAACAUGGUCGGAUCAAGAGUGUCCUGAUGAAUAUCCGUGAAAUUGAUGUCUUCCGUUUGGAGCUGGAUUAUGAUCUGAGGAACCGCAUUAAGUCACAGAAGACCACCUUUGGCAGAUCGACAGCCUUCGAUAAGAUCAAUUACAAUGCCGAUGGCCAUGUCAUUGAGGUCUUGGGUACGAACAAUUGGAAAUAUCUCUACGAUGAAAAUGGUAAUGCCGUGGGAGUGGUGGAUCAAGGAGAGAAAAUCAAUUUGGGAUAUGACAUCGGAGAUCGUGUCAUUCAGGUGGGAGAUGUGGAGUUCAACAACUAUGAUGCUAGAGGUUUUGUGGUGCGUCAUGGUGAGCAGAAGUAUCGCUACAAUAAUCGCGGUCAAUUGAUCCAUGCUUUCGAAAGGGAACGUUUCCAAACCUGGUAUUACUAUGAUGAUCGCAGUCGCCUGGUGGCCUGGCAUGAUUCCAAGGGUAAUGUAACCCAAUAUUACUAUGCCAAUCCCAAGAGUCCAAUGUUGCUGACCCAUAUGCAUUUCCCGAAAUUGCAAAAGACCACGCGAUUCUUCUAUGAUGAUCGUGAUAUGUUAAUGGCUGUUGAGACGGGAGAGCAGAGAUAUUAUGUGGCCACCGAUCAAAAUGGUUCGCCCUUGGCAUAUUUCGAUAUGAAUGGGUCGAUUGUUAAGGAAAUGAAACGUACACCAUUCGGCAGGAUCAUCAAGGAUACCAAUCCGGAGUUCUUUAUACCCAUUGAUUUCCAUGGAGGUCUGUUGGAUCCUCACACGAAGUUGGUGUAUACCGAAAAUCGUUUAUAUGACCCCAUUUUGGGUCAAUGGAUGACUCCCUUGUGGGAAACUUUGGCCACGGAAAUGUCUCAUCCCACUGAUGUGUUCAUCUAUCGCUAUCACAACAAUGACCCGAUUAAUCCCAGCAAAUCUCAGAAUUACAUGAUUGAUUUGGAAUCCUGGUUGCAGCUGUUCGGUUAUGACCUCAAUAAUAUGCAGAGCACCAAAUAUACCAAGGCUGCUCAGUACAAUCCUCAGGCUUCCAUUAAGUCGCCGACCUUGGCGCCCGAUUUUGGUGUCAUCAGUGGUUUGGAAUGUAUUGUCGAGAAGACCAAUGAAAAGUUCAGUGAUUUCGAUUUUGUACCCAAGCCUUUGCUGAAAAUGGAACCCAAGAUGCGUAACCUGUUACCCAGGGUGAGCUAUCGUCGUGCGGUAUUUGGUGAAGGUGUAUUGCUUUCGCGUAUUGGCGGCCGAGCCUUGGUCAGUGUGGUGGAUGGCUCGAAUAGUGUGGUCCAGGAUGUUGUCUCAUCGGUCUUCAAUAAUUCCCAUUUCUUGGAUCUACACUUUAGUAUCCAUGAUCAGGAUGUGUUCUACUUUGUCAAGGAUAAUGUUUUGAAGUUACGAGAUGAUAAUGAGGAGUUGAGACGCCUGGGUGGUAUGUUUAACAUCUCUACACAUGAAAUCACCGAUCAUGGUGGUUCGGCGGCCAAGGAACUAAGGCUACAUGGUCCCGAUGCUGUGGUCAUUAUUAAAUAUGGUGUAGAUCCCGAGCAAGAAAGACAUCGCAUAUUGAAACAUGCCCAUAAACGUGCCGUGGAAAGGGCCUGGGAAUUGGAGAAGCAGCUUGUAGCUGCUGGUUUCCAGGGUCGCGGUGAUUGGACGGAAGAAGAGAAGGAAGAAUUGGUAUCGCACGGUGAUGUGGAUGGCUGGAUUGGUGUCGAUAUCCAUAGCAUUUACAAAUAUCCCCAACUGGCUGAUGAUCCCGGCAAUGUGGCCUUCCAGCGGGAUGCCAAACGCAAGCGAAGAAAGAUCGGCAAUAAUCAUCGAACGGGUAAAAGUCGCCGACAACAACAACAGAAGUUGAAGGAUAUGUCAGCGUGAAAAGAAGUUUAUCUAGAAUUUGACAACAACAACAACGAUUUACUAUUACAACAACAACAAC